AUGGCCUUCUGGCCUCACAAUAUGGGCUGGCCGCAGCACGAAGAUCUCUACUGGGCGCUGAGCGGUGGCGGCGGGGGCACGUUCGCUGUCAUGCUCAGCAUGACCGUGCGGGUGUACGCCGAGGCGCCCGCCGCCGCCGCCAUGCUCUCCUUCACCGCGGCCCCAACCUCCAAGGAGGCGGCCAUGAGCGAGGCUCCAAAUCAGGCGCGCUUCCGGUUGUUCAUGCACACGUCUCUCCUCGACACGCUUCCCCUCCUAAACGCCGGUGGCAGACCUGCUUGUUCUGCUGACUCAGGCAGGAGUUCCUAA